UCCUGCUUCCCUCUCACAGUGUCCUGCAGCUGACAGAGGACAGAGGACGACAUGUCUGCAGUUACGGGAACUUUCCGCAUCGUCUCGGAGGAGGAGCAAGCCCUGCGCACCAAACUGGAACGCCUCACCACCAAGGACCAUGGCCCAGUCUUCGGGAGGUGCGAGAAGAUCCCCCCGCACACCUUGCAGAAGGCAAAGGAUGAGCUGAACGAGACGGAGGAGCAGAGGGAGGUGGCGGUGAAGGCACUGCGGGAGCUGGUGCAGGAGCGGGCAGGUGGCGAGGAGGUGUGCAAGGCAGUGGCUGAGAAGGUGCAGGGGAAGGAUGACUCCUUCUUCCUCCGCUUCAUCCGCGCCCGCAAGUUUGAUGUCCACAGGGCUUACGACCUGCUGAAAGGCUACGUGAACUUCCGCCAGCAGUACCCCGAGCUCUUCGACAACCUGACCCCCGAGGCCGUGCGCAGCACCAUCGAAGCCGGCUAUCCCGGCAUCCUGUCCAGCAGAGACAAGUACGGCCGGGUGGUGAUGCUCUUCAACAUCGAGAACUGGGAUUACGAGGAGAUCACCUUCGAUGAGAUCCUUCGUGCCUAUUGUGUUAUCUUGGAGAAGCUGCUGGAAAACGAAGAGACCCAGAUCAACGGGUUCUGCAUCAUUGAGAACUUCAAGGGCUUCACCAUGCAGCAGGCGUCAGGGAUCAAACCCUCCGAGCUCAAGAAAAUGGUGGACAUGCUGCAGGACUCCUUCCCAGCACGGUUCAAGGCCGUCCACUUCAUCCACCAGCCUUGGUACUUCACCACAACCUACAAUGUGGUCAAACCAUUCCUGAAGAGCAAACUGCUGGAGAGGGUCUUUGUGCAUGGGGAGGAGCUGGAGUCCUUCUACCAGGAGAUCGAUGCUGACAUCUUGCCGGCAGACUUUGGUGGCACCCUGCCCAAGUACGACGGCAAAGCAACUGCAGAGAAGCUCUUUGGGCCCCGCAUCGAGGCUGAAGACACGGCUCUCUAAACCUCGGUCCACUCCUACUCCCCUGUAAAAUAGGAUCAGAGGUGGCCCUCUAACCCCAACCACCUCCUUACUGUAGCAUUGGUUGAAUGACUGCUCCUGAUGAGGCGCUAUGGGCACGUUGCUCCACGCCUGUCCCUCCCCUCCCCAAACCUGGCAGCAGGCUGCCUGGC